GCGGUCAGAGAGGGAGGGUGUGCGCGGCUCCUCUCUCCGGAUACGUGGACACGAGGCGCUGCCCUACCGUCAUUCCUGGUUUUAUUUUCUUUCGUUGGAAUUCCGUUAUAUUUAGAGGAGGUUUCUUGUUCUUUAUUGAGUGUGUGUGGGAAUGUGAUUUUUUUUUUUUGUAUAUAUAUAACUGAAACGUGGGAAAUUUAUUCCGAAAGUGCGUGAUGGACUACAAGUUUUAGUGACAAUUUAGAUCGAAUAAAAAGAAAAGAAAAAGAAAAAGAAAAGAAGAGGAAGCUACGUAUUUAUUUAGAAACAAAAUGAAUUAAAUAGAAAUAAAAAAAGUAAAAGGUAUAAAAAGGGAAAAGAAAUAUACAAGCUAGAUCAUUAUUUAGAAAUAGAAAAAAAAGAAAAAAAAAAAUCACAAGGCAUUCCAUUCCGGAUCAAAAGAGCAAAUACCCAUUCAUCUUCCAGAAACUCUUUCUCUCUCAAAAAAAAAAAAAAACGAAAAAAAGGAAAAAAACAAACUCUCUCUUGUGCCCUCACCCACAGCCACUCGAGCCCCACCAUGGCUAAUAGACAGACCAGCAGAAGGACAUCCUGAGGUUCUUCCCUUCAUCACUUCAUCUCGCAAAAGUCUUCCUGGAAAGAUGGCAGUCUCCCAUAACCACCUCCUCCUCCUCCUCUUCCUCCUCCUCCUCCUCUUCUGGAGACCUUCGGCGGCUAAGGACUCAGUGACCAUGGUCUGGGCCCUGAACGGUGGUCGUGCUGAGCUACCCUGCGCACCUGACCCCAAGGUAGCCAAGGAUAGCCCGCAGAUAGUCCUAUGGUAUCGGGCUAGUAACACAACACCAGUCUAUAGCUACGACGCCCGCUCGGGAGAAUUCGAGAACGGGGAGCGAUGGACCGACGGGGAAUCCCUCGGGAAGCGGGCGUACUUCUCCGUACUCACCGAGCCGCCCGUGCUGGUGCUCGAUCCCGCCCACGCCAGGGACGAGGGCAUGUACAAGUGCAGGGUGGACUAUCGGUACUCCUCGUCCACGUAUAGGGUAGUCAACCUCACUAUUGUAGUGCCCCCAGGUCCCCCCGUGAUCCUGUGGCAGGGGGUCGGGGUCGUGGGGAGCGUGGGGCCCCUAAGCGAGGGCUCCCGACAACAGCUCACUUGCCGGAGCGUCGGGGGGCGGCCUCCUCCCACGCUCACCUGGUGGCGACAGGGCACGAGGCUCCAGCAGCGCUUCGACGCCUCCACGGACAUCGCCACGGGGAAAGACAUGGUCGAGGUGACAGCAACAGUGACAGCCUCUCGGGAUCUGCAGGGAGCCACCCUCACGUGCCACGCCCUCACGCCCCUCAGUUCGCAGACGAGCAAGACGACGCUCAUUCAGCCCAGGACAGCUUCCGUGGCCCUCAACAUCACGCUGCCUCCGCUCGACGUGCAGAUCCUGGGCUCGGGCGUGGCGGUGUCUGAGGGAACGACUUUGAGGCUGGUGUGUCGCAGCGUCGGCUCCCACCCCCCCGCUCAGCUCUCCUGGUGGCGGGGUCACUCGCAUCUCACUUCCGUACAUCAUGCCAUGGAGGAUGGAGGAAACGUUACGACAGCGACGCUAACGUUAGAAGUGGACAGGGACCUUGACGGGGUAACGUUGGCCUGUAUGGCUGUCAACCCUGUCAUACACCACGCUCGACUCACCGAUUCUGUCAAGCUGGAAGUUCAUUACACUCCCGUCGUCCAUCUGGAACUCGGGAAGCCCAUAGACCCCAGCGCCAUCACAGAGGGCAGCGACGUCUACUUCGAGUGUUCUAUAAGGUCUAAUCCACCUGUUAUUCGUGUCCAGUGGUAUCAUAACGGCGCCCUUGUAGAGCACGACGUCAAAGGAGGGGUCGUGGUGAGCGGCCUGAGCCUCGUCCUGCAGCGCCUUCGUCGGAAGCACUCGGGGACAUACACCUGCGCCGCCAGCAACUACGAAGGGCGCAACAUUAGCAACCCUGUCCAUAUCACCGUCCGGCACGCGCCCGUGUGCGCAGGAGUCGCCAGACAGCGAACCCAGGGAGCCGCCCGAGGAUCCCCCGCCGUCGUCACCUGCCACGUGGAGGCCGUGCCCGCCCACAACCUGACGUGGGCGUGGGCGUGGCUGCAGGAGGACGGGAGUGAGGAGCGCGUCCCGGCGAAGAACAUCCGCACCGACAGGAUGACCUCCGCCAUGACCGUGACGCCCCACAGCCUCCAGGAUUACGGCGAGCUCCUCUGCCGCGCCACCAACGACGUGGGGCGCCAGCAGGAGCCGUGCGUGGUGUCCCUCGUGCCCGCCGGGACGCCCGACCCGCCCCUCAACUGCUCCACCGCGCCCUCGAGCCACGCCGACGAGGACCAAGGGCGCACCUCGCUCUCCGUCACGUGUCUGGAGGGCUUCGACGGCGGGCUGCCCCAGGUGUUCCUGCUGGAGGCGUGGCAGAACGGCGUCCUCCUGGCCAACAUCAGCAGUGACUUCCCCGAGUGGGUGGUGGCGGGGCUCGAGGGCGGGAAGGGAGCCACGCUGAGGGUGAGCGCCCAGAACGCCCGCGGGAAGAGUGAGACGCUGCGCCUGGAGGUCCACACGCCCAGGGCACAACAACAUGCUGCGUUGGACUCGAAGAACGCCUUCCUCGGGUUCACGCCCUUGCUGGGAGCGCUGGUGGGCGUGGCCGGGGUGCUCCUACUCCUCCUCAUCGUGAGCAUCGUGAUCGCCCGCCACGCCCGCCGCAAGGCCUCCAAGCCGCCCGUCCACACCCACGACCUCGUGAUGACCCCGACAGGCAGCGCGUGGGACUGCUACGACCCAGAGGGCGGCGCGGGCCUUCAGCCACGGCACCGGAGUCUCGACAUCCUCGCCCACACCCACGGGAGAGCCACACCCGACGGCGCCCACAGCCCAGAGAACAACAACACGCCCAUCAGACGUCGCCAAGGAACGCCCGCAGUGGGGAAGAGAGUCAAGACGAAUUCCUUGCCUCACAUACACAUGAAUGGGCGGAUCUCCAAUUGCCAACUGACACAGGAAAGCGACGCCUGCAGUAGCUCGAGUGACUCAGACGUGGAGUCGGUGGUGGAGGUGACCGACCUGACGAUGCUGCGUCGCCCGGUGAGCGAAGCCGGCUACGCCUACUCCCCCCUGGCCACGAAGGAGACGGUGCUCCCACGCCCCUGUGACGCACCAGGGCAUUUGGCUUCCAGUUCCAAGAGGAGCCGAGAAAGCCUUCAAAUCGCUUCUGGAAACCCCCUUCCCAGUAAAGAUAACAAGUGCGUGUCAAAGUUAGGCAAAGCUAAUCCUUGCGAUGGGGAUACCAAGAGGAAGACCAAAACAGACAGGAAAUCGCCGUCGCCAGUAGUCAGCGGGAACAGCGCGCCAGUUCCUCCUCGCCCUCACCUCGAGUCCGGCAAACAGGAGAACCCGUCUUUCCCUCCCAAGGACUCGAAAGCAGCAGCCAAGACGAGAAAAUCCCACAAACCAGGUGACAAUUCCUCCGUCGAGGACCUGCCAGCGCCACCCAAACCCCCGAGGGUCUUCCUCCCGCCGGAGAAGCAGCAGCAGCACAUCCACCUGAGCCCCACCAAGACCUCCUCGAAGGCACCUCUAGCUGAAGACGAAGUCAGCGACGCCUACUGCAACGGCCGACGUCUGAACCACUCAUCCCCGCCGAGAGUACCGGACGCAGGCGGGGUCCAGGCCAGGAGACCCAGCGACCCAGGAGGCGUCGGGAGCGUCAUAUGACCCUCGCCGCCACCGAUGUGGUUCUCGGUGGUGUAUGUCUCUCACAGAACUGUCCCGCAGACGUGAAGCUCCUCUCGAGUUUGAGGACGGUGGCUUCAGCUUGUGAUAAUAGAGCACAACACGGCUAAUACUUGCAUACGACAGAGUGAGGAGAUGGAGCUUUCGGACUGUAGCUUAGCAAAGGGGGUGUCCUUUAGUUGAAGCUAUCAGUAAAUCGUUUCUUUGUGUGUGUGUGUGUGUGUGUGUGAGUGUGUGUGUGUGUGUGUGUGUGUGUGUGUGUGUGUGUGUGUGUGUGUGUUUAUGUGCUUGUAUGUAUCUGCGUCUGUAUGUGUCUGUAUCUGUGCAUACAUUCUGUAUACUUUCGCAUCUUUUGUUCACAUAAUGCCAAAGUAACGUUGCUAUAAGACUUAUGCUCCGGAUAUAUAAAGGAAGAGAAAUGUCUCAGGAAGCGCAUUAGGCCACUUUCUGCACAAACAAAGGCGCUACGACAACGCGGACUGGAAUUCAACUUGUAUAUUUGUAUUUUUGUUACAUAAUUAAAUGACAUUAAUCA